AUGGCAAGCAGAGCAUCAGAUAAUGCAGUUGUCCCUAAUCAAGGAGUCCCAAAGCCAUUGUCCUGCCUUGAAUGCAAGCAGAGCAAACGGAAAUGCGACAAAAGCUUGCCGCAAUGUCUUCGUUGUGCAGAGAAAGGAAAAGCAUGCAUAUAUCCCAGUGCACGACAGACGAACACGGUCAAAGGAAAACAGGUCCGUGACCUGGAGGCCAUUCUAGCUGCCCCCGAGCUUCAAAGUCGUCAAGAAGCGGAUUCCACCGACAGUUUGAACAACCAUCUACUCCCGGCGUUGCCAUUUCUUUCAAGCGAUAUAUCUCAGCCAUUUCCACCCGUCGAUCCCCAUCUGCGGGAAGAGCUAACCACCAUAUAUUUUGACAAGCUAUAUCAUGCGGCGCCGAUGAUCCAUCGACAACGCUACAUGGCCUCACUAGACCACCCUCUUUCGGACCAACCUCCCUAUUGUCUUCAGCUGAUGAUUAUGGCUUCCGCGGCAUAUAUCACAGACGACUAUACGUCAAUGGCUCUCACACUGUAUCAGCGCGCGAAGGAUCUAGCCGAGGAGGACGAGACACACAAACAAGAACAUAACUUUGUGACAUUGGCACAUACUCAGUGUUGGCUACUUAUUUCUAAUUUUGAAGCUCGACUUGCCAUGUUCUCGCAAGCGUCUAUCAGUUUGGGCAAGACCAUUCGGACUGCACAGAUGCUUAACCUACACCGACUUGAUCGGAAUGAGCCGGCCUCUGACAGCCGUUCACCCUCCUCCCCUGGGUCCACCAAAGACUGGUCUGAAUUAGAAGAAUGCCGUAGGACAUUCUGGGUAGCCUUUACAUCGGACCGCCUAGUCUUUUCAACUUCUGGACUACCCGUCUUGAUUCACGAGCGAGACAUACAAACUCUGCUUCCAGCUUCUGAAGAUGCUUUCACGAGUGGUAUCAAGGAGGAAACAAAGGCUUUCCAGGACGCAUUAAGUCAACCUGGGCCAGGAUGCUCGCCACUUGCAUUCCGCUCUCUAGCUGCGCACUUGUUUUAUCUAUCCUUGAAGACAAUGCCUUCAGACCACGGUGAGGGUGAUGUGGAGGAGAAUCAAGACAGUUGGUUAAGCCAAUACGAUGAGAUUGAUAACCGCGUGGCUCUGUUGUUAACGCAACUGCCAGAACACCUACGACUGCCACGGGCCUCGCGUUGUCAACAAGCCGUAUUUGUCAACAUUCUCAUCCACGAGGCUACCAUCUGCCUGCACAAAUCCGUACUGAAAAGGGCGCAGGACACUCGGGGUUUUAUUCCAGAGCCUGUUAUACGCCAGAGUCAGAACCGAAUAAUGACGGCGGCAGAAGAAAUUCUAUCUAUUUUCCGUCUACGGCUCGAUCUCAAAAUUGCUUUGCGAAAUCCCAUCAUCAACUUUGCGGCUUACACAGCGGCCCUCGUCUUCCUAGAACGAGCCGCAGACGAACAGAGCACAGAAAGCCGACGCAACGUCAACUUUUUUAUCAAUGUUCUGGACGGUAUCAGCCAUACGCAUCCAGCAGCUAGAGAACUGGCAGCUCAGCUGGCGGCAAAUGCGAGAGCAGCGGGCAUUGAAAGAAGCAUGGGGGUGAACUAG